AUGAGGCCGUCUCCAUAUUCAUCGGUGGAGCUAACUCUGAAGAGCCAUGGCUACUCCCAACAUUCUUGUGAUGCUGUUUUCUGUCCUGAUGUCAGGAGUGAUUUCGAAGCCCCUGAUACCGACUCCUAACCACUUUCCGACCCAGAGGAGCUGUCAAAUCAGCCAAUUCAAGUCUCUUUCACCUCGGGAGCUGGAAGCCUUCAAGGUGGCCAAGGAUACCUAUGAGGCGUCCAUGCUUCAGACAGAGAGGAAAUGCAGCUCCAAAUUAUUCCACAGGAACUGGGACCUUCGACAAUUACGGCUAUCAGAUCGUCCCAGAGUCUUAAAGGCUGAACUGAACUUGACUCUGGAGGUCUUGAAAGCCAUGGAUAACCCUGACCUGGAGAGAGUUCUGGCUCAACCCCUACAAACCCUCAGCCACAUCAACCAGGAGAUCCAAAGCUGUGUUACUCCCCUGCCCUCUAGAGGCCACAAGCUUUCCGGCCGCUUGAAGCACUGGCUGCAUAGGCUCAGAAUCUCAGGGCUGCCUGGAGGCUUCAGCCAUGUUGAACCUCUUCCGACUCCUGACCCAAGACCUCCAGUGUGUGGCCCAUGGGGACCUCUGUUGAUGAUCCAGGCCCAGCCUGAGCUCUGAGGCUGAACUUAUGUGCUCCAAACCUUAUUUAUAGACCAACACUACUCUUCCCAUUUAUUUAUUCCCCCCAUCCCAGC